UCGCUGCAAUUUUAUUAUUAUUUUAAUGAUAAUAAAUAUUUAUCUAAAAUUAAUUGAAUUGCCUAUGUAAUUCUAUCACAUAAAGAAUGUUUCCCACAAAUCACAAAACAAUAUUCGUUUUGGAUCAUACACCCUAUUUUGGUAUAUCAUCUGAUUUCCCUAUAGAUUUUGAUAAUUCCAAGAGCAGGGGUCCAGGUUACGUUCCCUUACCUUCUAUCUAUAAAUCAUUAUGGACUUGUAGCGUAGAAGCUGCCGUUGAAUAUUGUCGGAUAGUGUGGGAUUUAUUCCCUGAAGGAAAAUUGGUCCGUUUUGUUGUUAGUGAUUCAGCGGCACAUAUAUUAAAUACAUGGGCAGUUUCCCAACAAAACUUAACACAUAUACUGAACGGGCUUUGUUUAGUUGGACCAGUCCGUCGUGGGGCUGGGGGUGAUGUGGUUGGACUAUGUGCUGCAAUAGAGGCUCUUGGUGAGCCUUCACCUACACAGACUUCACGACCUCCCACUGAACGGCAUUAUCAAAAUAGAGGUCGCAUUAUAUGUAUCACAAGUGCAAGAGAUGAUGACUCCAUUAGGAGCCUAGCAGAAAUAGCUUUAAACACAUUAAUACAACAAAAUAAGAAAGCGCAAAAUACAACUAGUGCCGAUUCUGGAACUUCUACACAACCUCAAAUUGUACACUACUGUCAUCUCGUGAUUAUAAAUGUAACACCAGAAAAAGCAGAAACUAGAGUUAGCCAGCAACAACUUACUGAGAUGGGUGGAGGACAAAUGGGAUGUGAGGUGAUAGUCUCUCGGGCGAGCCAAUUAGCUAACCUGCUCGGUCGGUUAGUGCUGCCGCACUACAGGCUCGCCACAACCACAGUGACUGGCAUUCCUAUGAAGGAAGAACAAAAUGCAAGUUCUAGUGCUAACUAUGAUGUGGAAAUUAUACACUCAGCGGAAGCUCACGCUGGUCUCAGAGCAGCACAAACGGCUGCUGAAGCUUUAGAAUCGGUGGUGCUUCGUUGGUGGACACCGCGAGGUGCCGAGGGCGGUGCGAGUAGCUGCAGCGGCCCAUUGUGGCGAGUGACGCCAGCGGACGUCGCCAGCCGUCCUUCGGCCUGCCUCGUCAACUUCCUGCUGAAUGGACGUUCUGUCACUCUUGAAGUGCCCAGGAAAGGCGGCGGGCGGUCAGCCUCCCACGUUUUGGCGGCGCAAGGGGGCGAGUUGUGGAUCGGCGCAUUGGGCGGUCGCACUCCCUACGAUGACCCACCCGCGCUCUCGGAGGGUACCGGAGGACGUAUUACAGACUACAGGAUAAAAGAAUUCGGUGCUUUAAUGCAACAGAAUAAAUUGAAUCCAUUGCGAGGCAGCGGCGCGAAUGGACGAGCCAGGGCUCGUCUUCAACGCCACACAACCUACUGGCCACUCACAAUAUCGUCUACACUCAUAUUUAAUUUGGGAUCAGUCAUGGAACCAUUAACUAGAUUAGUCGUACAAGAGUCCCUGACUGAUGAAGAGGUAGACACCUGUCGGAAUGUGCUGUUGUCGCUCCUCGGCAUGGAGUCGCGCCAUGAGUUUCCUGCUACACAACUGCCGUCCAAUAUCAGGGGCAAGUCAAGCACACGUCGUGAGGAGCAAUGGCGGCAAGUGUGGGGCGAACUAGAGGCGCUGGUUCGAGCGUACUCAGCGUCGCCGGCUCAUCACGCCUUGUUACGGGUGUUGCUUGACUGCCGCGCACAUAACAAUCCUAACGCUGAUAGUGAAUCUCGUGCUACUGUGAUACGAGCUACUACUGACUCUCCGCUGUCGCCAGUGGGAGCGGGUAAUGGAUCUUCCAGCGCUACAGGGGAUGUCUGGGCCCCCAGAAACGUCCUAGACGCCCUGCUUGGACCCCCGCGACCGCCAAGAAGGCCCGACUUCGCCGGACGAAUGGCCGCCGGUACCAGGGUCGCUACUUUAUAUACACAUUUACAACAAGAUGUGGAAACGACACACUAAUUUUAUGUAAUAAGUGAUAUAAAUAAAUAG